AUGCAAGCUGAUGAUAGACUUGUCAUCACCCGCGCACGAGACGAGGCAUUCAAUUCGAUGCUCACUCCGCACCAGGUCAGGGUGAUCGGUCCAAUCGUAAACAAUCUGCUCAAUGAUGCGAUCGAGAUGGUGCAGGAAUAUGGAGCCGAUCCUGGUGAGGAAGUCACGGAAGUCACGAUCAACGUCUACUUGGAUGUUUGGGAAGGGCUGGCCGUAGGUCACAUCACGUGCGAAGAAGUAGAGUUGGCCAGGAGUAUCACCGAGAACAUAAUGAUUGCAGCUGUGAACCGUACAGGCAUACUGGAUCAAGCGAUGGAAUAUGUCCGAGCUCCUUCCCCUGCCGGUCCACAUGGCGACACGUUUGGGCAAAUGGUAAGAACUGGAGCCGACGAUGCCGAUUCUAAUCACCCCCAACGUUAUCAAACCGGCCACAACGGUUUUAGAGUUUACAGAACUGUACGCCUCCAGCUACAAAUGGAAGGGCCACAGCAUUACCUUGAUGGUAUCGCUCAUAUGGUUGGCUUCUUCGACGAUGACGAAGAUGAUUCUGGUGGUGGUGACAUGGGUUAG